GGGACCCGCGGCCACUCUCCUGCCACCACUCGCGGGGGCUCCGGCUUCGGCUCCGUCUGGCCCCGGCGCCGCGCGCACCCGGAGACUGUCUGCGCCCGCAACUCCACGGUGUAAAAAAGAAAAUUAUAAAAGCAACACAAUAAAAUAGUUCUUCAAAUUUGCUCCAAGAUGGCAGCCUGUUGCCUCAGGGCGUCCUUUUGGCUGGCACUGGUUGGUUGUGCCAUAGGUGACAACCCUGAGAGAUACAGCACAAAUCUGAGCAAUCAGGUGGAUGACUUCACCACUCUGCAUGGGACAGAUCCCCAUUUCCCUGUCGCCACUCAUAGACCCACGGAUCUGGCCCUGCCCAGCAAUGGCUCAAUGCACAGCUAUUGCCCCCAGCAGACUACGAUGACUUCAGCCUUCAAGUACAUCACCACUGUGAUGUCUUGCUCCAUCUUCAUCGUGGGAAUGGUAGGCAACGCAACCCUGCUGAGGAUCAUUUACCAGAACAAAUGCAUGAGAAACGGCCCUAACGCGCUGAUAGCCAGCCUCGCCCUGGGAGACCUCAUCUAUGUGGUCAUUGACCUGCCCAUCAAUGUAUUUAAGCUGCUGGCCGGACGCUGGCCUUUUGACCACAGUGACUUUGGAGUAUUCCUCUGCAAGCUCUUCCCCUUUUUGCAGAAGUCCUCAGUGGGGAUCACCGUCCUCAACCUCUGUGCCCUUAGCGUUGACAGGUACAGAGCAGUUGCCUCCUGGAGUCGUGUUCAAGGAAUUGGGAUUCCCUUGAUCACUGCCAUUGAAAUUGUCUCCAUCUGGAUCCUUUCCUUCAUCCUGGCCAUCCCUGAAGCAAUUGGCUUCGUCAUGGUGCCCUUUGAAUACAGGGGUGAACAGCACAAAACCUGUAUGCUCAAUGCCACCUCAAAGUUCAUGGAGUUCUACCAAGAUGUAAAGGACUGGUGGCUCUUUGGCUUCUAUUUCUGCAUGCCCUUGGUAUGCACUGCGAUCUUCUACACCCUGAUGACAUGUGAGAUGCUGAACAGAAGGAACGGCAGCCUGAGAAUUGCCCUCAGUGAACAUCUCAAACAGCGUCGAGAAGUGGCAAAAACCGUUUUCUGCUUGGUUGUCAUUUUUGCUCUUUGCUGGUUCCCUCUUCAUUUAAGCCGUAUCUUGAAGAAAACUGUGUAUGAUGAGAUGGACAAGAACCGUUGUGAAUUACUUAGUUUCUUGCUGCUCAUGGAUUACAUCGGCAUUAACUUGGCGACCAUGAAUUCAUGUAUAAACCCAAUAGCUCUGUAUUUUGUGAGCAAGAAAUUCAAAAAUUGUUUCCAGUCAUGCCUCUGUUGCUGCUGUCACCAGACCAGAAGCCUGAUGACCUCGGUCCCCAUGAACGGAACAAGCAUCCAGUGGAAGAACCACGACCAAAACAACCACAACACAGAGAGGAGCAGCCACAAGGACAGCAUUCACUAGCAAUCUGUGCAAACAGGAUCUGUAUUCCUUCAAAUCCUAUGGGAGAAAUUUCUCUGGUCCUUCCUCCUUAACUCAGUCUCACCCCAAGGAAAAAGCUCUCCAGAUGCUUCCCAAGCAGCGCAGAGUGGACUGCUUUAUAUCCACAAAGGCAGGAAUCUUACUUCUGUAAUUGAUCUAAUUUACAUAUCCUGCAAGACCUGUGCAGAACUCAAAAAACGGUGGGAGCUGAGGGAGAAUGGAGACUGCUAAGUGAAACCAAAGGGUGUUUGCUAUGUUUGCAUGAAAAUCGUUUUCAACUGGCAGUUCUGUGAAUGUCCUCUUGUGGUCAUCACAAGAGUUUAGAGAUUAUGGCAAAAUUCCCUGAAUUUUUUGUUUUUUGGGGUUUUUUUCUCUUUCUUUAGCCAAA